CACGGAAACUCAGACGCCUCACAUGGAUCUGGAGACUGGGAGGGAGGGAGAGAGGGAGAGAUAAAAAUAUAUUGACAGACAGAAACAGAGAGAGGACAGACUGAAACACAGAGAGAGAAAGAGAUAGAGAUUUACGCAGGUAGUGUGAGAGAUCACAAGAGACACAUGAGAAGCUAAACAGAGAAACAGACGUGGAAAGAGACAAGGAAAGGAGAGGAGAAGUGAAACCUCGGCAGAAGAUACCGGAUUGGUACUGGACCUGGCCUGGACCUAGCUCACUGGUACUGGAACUAGCAGAGUGGUUCUCGACUUGGAAUACUGGUACUGGAUCUGCACCGAGCACAUUGGACCCACACAACACAGGACAACUCUUUUUAAGCCAAUCGCCUUCUGUGUGUUUGUGUGUGGUCAGCAGCCCCUCGAUCCCUCUCCAGUCCUGCCUUCGACCCUGACCCUUCAACCCCGACCCCUAACUAACGAGCAUGAACAGGUGACCAGAGGAUCCCUCUACUGUCCUGACCCCUGAGACUGUGACGUUGACCCCUGACCCCAGCGUGGUCAGGCGAUGUCAUUUGCAAUGGUGCGCCCUGCGGCCGGGAGCCUGCUGUACUCGGAGCUGUCGCUGCCGUCGUCAGGGGAGAGUAGCGAGGGGGAGGGGUGCAUCGCCAUGCACGGCGCCGCCUACCACCUCCGCAAGCCUGUCCGGGAGGCCCCGCCCCCGGACCCUCAGGCCCCGCCCCCCAAGAACACAGCUAACGCGCGGGAGCGCGACCGCACCAACAGUGUGAACACUGCCUUCUCCGCCCUCCGCACGCUCAUCCCCACGGAGCCCCGAAACAGGAAGCUCUCCAAGAUCGAGACGCUGCGAUUGGCCUCCAGCUACAUCAGUCACCUUGGCAACGUGCUGCUAUUGGGGGAGGGGCCGGCGGAAGGACAGCCCUGCCAGGGAGGAAGCCCCGCCCCCCAUUACCAUCACUAUGCCUCCCCCAGCCGUAACCGUGACAACGAGAACGCCCAGCCCAAACAGAUCUGCACCUUCUGUCUCAGCAACCAAAGGAGAGGGAACAAAGACAGAAACACUGCUCUGAGGAGUUAAUUGCUAGACGAGAAAGACAGGGGAUGAUCCCCCCAAGACCCUACUACACCCCCCAGGACCCUACCACACCCCACCACACCCCCCAAGACCCUACUA